CCAAUAGAACAAGCAUUUGCGUAUCGUGGAUUACAGGAUAUUUCUAAGUCAAUAGAAUUUGAAAGAAUUAAGCCAACGUCCGAAGAAGUAAAAAAUCGGUUCAUACAGAAUGUAUCACCUCUACCAAAAUUGUCUUCAAAAAAUUCAAAAGAAAAGGAACCACUCCCACCUAAAGUCACAUUGACUAGGCAGUUGGCAGCAUUAGAAAAUAUGGAAAAUAAAAUUUAUUUAACUCUUCUCAAUAUAUCUAAAGAUAAUGAGGUUUCUGAAACUUUAUUGUUACGUGAUAUUAUAUUUAUAUUUCAAGGAAUCGAUGGACAAUAUAUUAAAUAUGAUAAAGGUUCAUCAUAUAUCAUUGAUUCGAAG